UGCAUUUCAACUUUCUUAAGGAGCUUGAGUAGAUUUGUUCCUGAUCUGCUGGAGUGGCAGCCGCAAGCACUCGCACAAGUUGAAAACGUGACGCAUUCUUGUCCCAUACUACAAUGGCAACGGCUACCACCCGCGAUGUAUCCCCCUCUCACUCUCCCAUCAUGGACUUGCCGGCCGAGGUGCUACUCGAGAUCUUUGAUUGGACGAGCCGAGACCGGCCGGUCAGAGUGCCCGGCGACGACCUCAGCGUCCAGUUUUCAAAGCGUAUACCAUUUCCACGAAGCUCAAACGACGAUGUCCACCAUGCGAGCGCUCGCCAUGGUCUGUAGACGAUGGCUCGACGUCCUUGCCAUGCGGCCGGAGUAUUGGGAGCAGCUCAAGAUCAACAUCGACGGCCCUACCUUCAUCCCCGCAGCCAUAGAAACUUUCUUUGUAGCUUCUCGCGAUAACCCUAUCGAGGUCACCGUAUACCCUCGCGAGUUUGAGCCGUGCACCCUCACUGCUGCCCAGGAGCGAGACCGGUGGGCGCUUAUUAUGCGACACAUGGCACCGCACCUUGGGCGGCUUUCCCGCCUUUCCGUCACAGCCUACUUCCGCUCCACCAUUGUCUUCAUCAGUCAGUUUCUCGAUGGGGCCACACUUACCCUCGAGGAACUGGAACUCGACUCGCGUCAAACGGAUGAUUCCCCCCUCCAGAUAUCCACUCUCUGUUUGCCGGACAUCGAGAGCCUCCACACCGACGCCGAGAGCUUUGUUAACUUCAUGGACGCCAUAGAAUGGCCGUCUGGUUCUGGCACGCUUGGAAAGAUUGACAUUACUCGAUACCGACCGGAGUCCCCGCUCCCCGCAGCAAGCCCAGCUCGCCUUAUUGCCGCUCUGGACAAGCUCAAUGGCCUGCGCGUGUCUAGGUAUAUACUUUCAAUCACAAACGUCAAGUUCGAUCCCAACGACCUCCCUUCUGAUACUCCAUCGCUACGUUCCGUAGCGCUCCUCACACUUGAAGAGCUCGAGGGUCCAUUCGUACCGAUCAUAUGUGAUGCUACCAGAUCAAGCGUACACUUGGAGGACAUUCAUAUCAAAAAGUGCGAGACCCCUACGUACAGCCCGCUACCGCCCGGGAACCUCCACAUCUCGGAUAUACCAUCUGGGCCGUCACUACUCCACUUGCUUCAAGGGUUCCAAGGAACAGACAUCAUUCUCUAUGACUGUCAGGGGUUCGACGACUGGUUCCUCGGCGUGCUGUCGGCUCGCAACCAGACGGAUGGUCGCUUUCAAGCAUGCCCGAACUUGCAAAACUUGGAGCUGCGUGACUAUCGCUUCUCUGCAAGCGCUUUGCGGCGCAUGUGCCAGUGCGAAGCGCGGUACGAUAACACUCAAACUCGAAUCAAGUCGAUUAGCGUCUAUGGCCCGAAACUCGAUGAUGAGUCUAGCGCCUGGUUUGAGUCGCACGUCGAGGAUUUCAGCUGGGAGGAAAGGGAACUGUCGGAGCUGGAAAGGCUUCGGAAGCUCCAGGAGUUGUUGUCCAGUAUGGGUGGCCUGGGGAGUUUGAUUCCGGCGACACAAAUGUAGAUACUUAUAGUCCCCAGAGCUAUCAGAUGUCGGAACUCUAG